AUGGAUCACGGUGACCAUGGAAAUGGAAGUAAUAAUUUUAGAUGCUCAAUGAAAAUGCUUUUCAAUUGGGAUACUACAAACCUCUGUAUCGUAUUUUCUUGGUGGAAAGUAGAUGGAAUUCUACUCCUGCUUUUAUCUUGUUUCUUUGUUGCUUUAAUUGGAGUUGCUUAUGAGGCUUUAAGAAACCUAGCAAGAAAAUAUGAUGAAAAAAUAUGCGAAGCAAGUUAUCUCCAAAUUAAUGGUGCUGAGGAAGAUAAUCCACCUGUCGUUAGAGUGAAACGUAUUGUCAGCAUAGUUGUUGGUACAGCAGUUGGCUUCUUUUUUUUCGGUAAACAAACUGUUUCAAGUUUGGAAGAGGAUGAUAGAAUUAUAAAUUGUCAUUAA